GCUGCCAACGCCCGGCGAGGAGAGACCGAGCGAGUAGCGGAGUCCGGUGAGUGGAGCUGAACCCCGGCGCUGUCUUCUCUCAUCCCCCUCUCAUCUCUAUCUUUAUCACUCUGUGUCUCUGAGCGAGGAAUUGGACUCUGCUGGAGCUGGAACAUCUCCGAGAAAUCGCUUCGGGUAUAAAGAAGAUCUUGAAUGAGAAGCUUGGACUGUUAAACCAAAUAAUCAAAGCACAGUUAUGCAGACGAUCAAGUGCGUCGUGGUCGGCGAUGGUGCCGUUGGUAAAACCUGCCUAUUAAUCUCCUACACGACCAACAAAUUCCCUUCUGAAUACGUGCCAACGGUCUUCGAUAACUAUGCAGUCACGGUUAUGAUCGGAGGAGAACCCUACACCCUGGGACUGUUUGACACUGCAGGUCAGGAAGAUUACGAUAGAUUACGACCCCUGAGUUACCCCCAAACAGAUGUUUUCUUAGUCUGUUUCUCCGUCGUUUCCCCGUCUUCAUUUGAAAACGUCAAAGAAAAGUGGGUACCGGAGAUCACCCACCACUGUCCAAAGACCCCCUUCCUGCUUGUGGGAACGCAGAUCGAUCUGAGAGACGACCCGUCCACCAUCGAGAAGCUCGCAAAGAACAAACAGAAGCCGAUCACUCCGGAGACGGCUGAGAAGCUGGCCCGAGACCUGAAAGCCGUCAAGUACGUGGAGUGCUCCGCUCUCACACAGAAAGGCCUAAAGAAUGUAUUUGACGAGGCGAUUUUGGCAGCCCUGGAACCCCCCGAGCCCAAGAAGAAGCGUAAAUGCGUGCUGCUAUGAACGCGCUUUUUCUUUCUUUCUUUCUUUCUCCCCUCCUUUUUAUUUUCUCUGCUAAGGCUGGCCAACAGCUUUAUACUCGUAAAAAAAAAAAACGCAAUGCCUAAAAAAAAGAAGUGACUUAAUUUUUUUUUUUUGCUCUGCAAUAAAAUAUAAUAAAAAAAAAAACCCUACACACACAGGGCUCAGUUUCUGAGCUCCCUAUCAUUGUACCACGCGUUUAAUCUAGAUUUACAUUUUUUAACGCUUUACUUCACAGUGAAACGUGGAUUUUGAUGUUUAACCAAGUUUUUCGUUGCCGUAACGGAUAAUUGCGCACCGGCGCGCGCAGGUUAGGAAAGGGGAACGGUCACUAGCGCGACAGGUAUACGCUAGUAGCGUCGCGAAUCCUCCUGUGUAACUCUUACACUAGAAGGUCACCAGAAGUGCUUGGAAAAGAAAAGCACCCUCCUCCACCACCACCACCUCCACGUUGUAGACUGUUUCAAAGAAUGAGCAUGUAAAUAAGAGCUGGUUAUAAUAAAGGUCUUGUCGCACAGAAUCGGGUUUUCUCACACAGGGAACUUCUAACAGUGUUAGCAGAACAAGAGCCGUGUCCGUCUGCAUCGCCAGGGACCACUGAAGCCUUUUUUUGUUUUUGUUUUUUUUUCGUUCUUACUCUGAAAACUUGUAAUGCAUGGAGGUAAGCACCUCUGGUUUCUUUUACAUAGGUUAACAAUUUCUUCAUUUAAUAAUAAUGUAAGCUGAUGUUGUAGAGUCCACUCGUUUUUACCAAAAUGUGUUCCCUCACCCUCCUCCUCCCCUCCCCCUCUUCACUCCUUUUUUUUUUUUUUUUUGUCCACUUUUUGUUUUCGUCAUUUUUGGGCAGGAUCCCAGCGAAACAUUGAUCCACCUCUAAUUUAAUGGGCAAUAAAAAUCAGUGGUUUAAUCCAUUUCAGCGUUUUUCCUUUUCCUCUCGAAGUCUGUGUUUACUCAAGUAAAUAGAGGUGGAUUAAGGUUUAUCUGAAUUCCUGUCCUGUUUCAGUGUAAGACCAAAUGCUCUGUAUGAAGUCUGUCCUUUGUACUGUAUAUGCAUUCUUUUAAAGAUUAUUAAACUUAUACCUUAA